CUGGCGGGCUCAGCUGCCGGGCGGUCGUGCGUCUCCACCUACACAAGGGCCGGACCGGCAGGCAGGCGAAGGAGACCCAGGAGCAAUGGGCGACUGGGGCUUCCUUGAGAAGCUGCUGGACCAGGUCCAGGAACACUCGACCGUGGUGGGCAAGAUCUGGCUGACGGUGCUCUUCAUCUUCCGCAUCCUUAUCUUGGGCCUGGCUGGUGAGUCAGUGUGGGGUGAUGAGCAGUCAGAUUUCGAGUGUAACACAGCCCAGCCAGGCUGCACCAAUGUCUGCUAUGACCAGGCCUUCCCCAUCUCCCACAUCCGCUACUGGGUGCUGCAGUUCCUCUUCGUCAGCACACCCACCUUGGUCUACCUGGGCCACGUUAUUUACCUGUCUAGGCGUGAGGAGCGGCUGCGGCAGAAGGAGAGGGAGCUGCGUGCACUGCCAGCCAAGGACCCACAAGUGGAGCGGGCACUGGCAGCUGUAGAGCAUCAGAUGGCCAAGAUCUCGGUGGCAGAGGAUGGCCGCCUGCGGAUCCGUGGGGCGCUGAUGGGCACCUAUCUGGCCAGUGUGCUCUGCAAGAGCGUGCUAGAAGCAGGCUUCCUCUACGGCCAAUGGCGCCUCUAUGGCUGGACCAUGGAGCCCAGGUUUGUGUGCCAGCGCGCACCCUGUCCCUACCUCGUGGACUGCUUUGUCUCGCGCCCCACGGAGAAAACCAUCUUCAUCAUCUUCAUGCUGGUGGUUGGACUCAUCUCCCUGGUGCUCAACCUGCUGGAGCUAGUGCACCUGCUCUGCCAGUACCUCUGCCGAGGGAUGAGGGCACGGCAGGACCGGGAUGCCCCCCCAGCCCAGGGCACCUCCUCAGACCCUUACUCUGACCAGGUCUUCUUCUACCUCCCUAUGGGCGAGGGGCCCUCGUCCCCACCGUGUCCCACCUACAACGGGCUCUCAUCCAGUGAGCAGAACUGGGCCAACCUGACCACAGAGGAGAGGCUGGCUUCUUCCAGACCCCCCCUUUUCCUGGACCCACCCCCACAUAGUGUCCAGAAAUCGCCCAGUCGCCCCAACAGCUCUGCUUCUAAAAAGCAGUAUGUGUAAGAGCCUGGGACUUUUGCCACUGAACAGAGGGACCCGGGGAAGUCUGGCUGCUUUGGAUGCGCUCUCCUUGGAGGCUGGGCAGAGAUGGCUGGGGUUGGGGAAAGUGAUACUUGCUGGCCAGAGGGCCUCAUUGCAGUUUGUUCACAAACACCUAGACCUUCCUGGGAACCAGAAGGCACCAAGGAUUCCCCUCUAGGGCAUGGCUUUAACUCAGCUUGGGGUGCUCUUGGUCAAGGGUGUUGUGGGCCCUCUGAUCUUUUUCACCUGGUCCAGAGGGACCCAGAACCAACUGACCCCACCCUCACCCUCAUGGAAGAUACACCUCUGCACAGGUUGUCGCCAUACCCUCUCCUCACAGGAAAAAACUGAUCAAAGCUGUGGGUCAGCCUUGAUCCACAGACGGACAUACCCUGUGCUAGCGUGGGCCUGGGGAUAGGUUGUGGGUCUGAAUCCGGCCUUGUUAAGGGAACUGGGGCCUUGUCCUCAUCACUCCUUCCCAGUUCCACUGUUUAUGCUUCUAAAAUAAACAGGACUUGAUCAUAAA